AUGCGGCAGCCGAAACCAUUGACGCGACACGGCCAUCGAGAGGCAAAGCCCGUGGGCAACAAGACGGACGGGACGCUGCAUCGACAGCCCCAUCACCCGCCGCGGCGCUCGUCGGGCUCGAUGCUCGCGCGCAAGUACCGGAAUCCGUGGCCGACCGAGAACGACUUUUCACGAGACAGUAGCAGUCGCUCGGUGCCUCGAGUCGAUCGUGCAGACAGCGGAAGCUCAGUAUCAGCCUUCACAGCCCUUCCUGCAGCACCGACUUUUGGGGCUGGAGCUUGUUCGGAUGCCAUGAGCAGCAGCAACAGCAGUGUGAUGGGACUCAAUGGCCCCAAGGGCUACACACGAGAAGAGCUUGUUAAUUUCUGGAGCGAGCUGUCACUCGUGGCCAAGCGUCGGCUCCUUCGGAUCCGCCGGGAGACGUAUUUGACUGCGCUCGACCAGUUCCUCGUGGGCAAAAACUUGUGCUGCGAGUGUCACGACAACAUAAUCGCCGAGUGGGAAGACCACGAGCGAAAGCGCUCGAGCAGUCGCUCUUUGCAGGACGUGUUUAGCGUCUUCCCGCCGUUUUUAGAUGACGAGGACGAGGACGAUGAUGAAGGAGAGGAGAAUGACGAGGCGGAGGAGGAGGAUGGAGAGACAGGUAGGCUAGAAGACGAGUCGGACGAAGAUAUGCUCGCAGCAGAGGAUAUUAUGCUAGGCGACGAGGAACUCUUGUUUAAAUAUGAGUUGGAAGGCGGAGGUAGACAGAAUGCCUGCGGCGAGGGUGGUGUGGUAUCGAACGAGUACUUGGCAGCGCUGGAAGUCGGCAAGCGACAAGAAGACGAGCUCAUGCGAUUGAUCCAGAAAGAGGAGCGCUAUAUCAUUGUCCGAGAGGACCACACCGAGUUCAUCAUGGACCUCAUUCGCUGUGGCGAACAGUUCAGCUACGUGUCAUCGUUCCGGUCCGGGCUCGACGAUGAUGAAAGCGAAGAAAGCAACAACGACGACGACGACGACGUCGACGACUUGUGCCCCGGCGCAAAUACUUCACACUUGGCGCAAGAAUAUAUAUUGGAAGUACUAGCGAUCAAGUUCCGAGAACAGCUGGAAGACGCGUACCAAGAGGCGCUGCAGCACUCGCUCGCGAUUCAGGCGGAACUGCUCCGGGACGAGCUCGCAGACCUCAAGGCAAGUCAGCAACCUUCCACGAGCAGCCGGAAGAAGAAAAACAAGAAGGAGAAGAAGCGCCGCAAGAAAGAGGCUGUAGCACAAAAGGUGACCGAGAAGGUGCCUCCUCGAGACGCAGGGACCCGAUCGCUACCGCCCAGGCGACUCGCUCACCAGUCUACUGCUUCCGCAGCAGCAAUGGUGCUGCAGCCGUCGUCGCCGGAAAGGCACGACCCAGAAGGGGACGAAGUCGACCGCGAGGUGGAGCAAUUUCGUCAAUUGCUGGAGAAGCUCAACACUGGCAGUGCAUUGCGCUCGCGCAAGAAGCUCGUGCUGCCUCCGGGUUCGUUCCUCCACGCGACGUCCAUGACCGUCUUGUAG